AUGUCGUCUGCUUCGUGUUCGCGGGCGAGGGCGAAGAACAAAAAGAAACAGGAUGCAUCCGCCGGCGAGAUCAAACGCCAAUUCUACACACUGUCCAAGAAACACCACCCCGACCACAACGCCUCUGACCCCGACGCCUCGACGCGUUUCGUCGCAAUAAGCGAGGCCUACCAUGUGCUCUCCGUCCCCGAGAAACGCGCUCAAUAUGAUGCCCAGCUGUCACACGUUUCCUCCCGCUCGCUGCGCUGGGGUCCCCACGCCGGCGACCACCCGCAGGGCAGCUACAGCUCAGCGUCCUACGCAGGCUCGCGCCCCGCCAGCGGUCUGAACAAGAAGCGCAGCACCUUCCGCGGUCCCCCGCCUUCCUUCUACAAAGCCGGCGGCUACGGGCGACACUCCGCAAAACGCGCGGAGUACGCCCAGCACCAGCACGCGGGGCAUCAAACGGAACAAAAUACCAGCUCUGACUCGUACGGCGCGUUUGGAGAAGGGUUUGGGCCGGGCCAAGCAGGCCAAGGAAACGAGGUCCCGCACUUCGAUGACAGGAAACACAAACAGACUCACGACACUGUUCAUGAACACAUCAGCGCGAGGAAGCGGAGGGCGCGGGAUGCCGAGAUACCCCAAGAGUUUGAUAGAGGCGGCAUGCUAGCCAACUUCAUCAUCGUCUCGACUGUCGUGGGCAUUGCCGCCGCUGCCACCAAGAUGUUCAGCAACAGUACCGAAGGAAACAAGAAGGCAAACGCAUGA